AUGGCUCCCAUCAAGGUCGGCAUCAACGGUUUCGGUCGUAUCGGCCGUAUCGUCUUCCGCAACGCUGUCGAGCACCCCGAGAUUGAGAUCGUUGCUGUCAACGACCCUUUCAUUGAGACUGAGUACGCUUCUUACAUGCUCCGCUAUGACUCUACCCACGGCAACUUCAAGGGCGAGGUUGCUGUCGAUGGCAAGGACCUUGUCGUCAACGGCAAGAAGGUCCGCUUCUACUCUGAGCGUGACCCCGCUGCCAUCCCCUGGGCUGAGACCGGUGCUGACUACAUUGUCGAGUCCACUGGUGUCUUCACCACCACCGAGAAGGCCGCUGCUCACUUGAAGGGUGGUGCCAAGAAGGUCGUCAUCUCUGCCCCCUCUGCCGAUGCCCCCAUGUACGUUAUGGGUGUCAACGAGGCCACCUACGACGGCAGCGCCGACGUCAUCUCCAACGCUUCUUGCACCACCAACUGCUUGGCCCCUCUCGCCAAGGUCAUCCACGACAAGUUCACCAUUGUUGAGGGUCUCAUGACCACUGUCCACUCCUACACCGCUACCCAGAAGACCGUCGAUGGUCCCUCUGGCAAGGACUGGCGUGGUGGCCGUGGUGCUGCCCAGAACAUCAUUCCCAGCAGCACCGGUGCCGCCAAGGCUGUCGGCAAGGUCAUCCCUGACCUUAACGGCAAGCUUACCGGCAUGUCUAUGCGUGUCCCCACCGCCAACGUCUCCGUUGUCGAUCUUACUGCUCGCAUUGAGAAGGCUGCUUCCUACGACCAGAUCAAGGCCGCCAUCAAGGAGGCUGCUGAAGGUCCCCUUAAGGGCAUUCUCGCUUACACUGAGGACGAUGUUGUCUCCAGCGACAUGAUCGGCAACACCAACUCCUCCAUCUUCGACGCCAAGGCCGGUAUCUCCCUCAACGACAACUUCGUCAAGGUCGUCUCUUGGUACGACAACGAGUGGGGUUACUCCCGCCGUGUUCUCGACCUCCUUGCCUACGUCGCCAAGGUUGAUGCUUCCAAAUAA